GAUCUGCAGGCGUUUAAAGUCCGAUCGGUGCCACCCAUAGCUGGAGCGGACUAAACAAAGUAAAAGUUGUUAUUUUAACGUCAAUAAAAAAAUAUGUAAAAAUCAUAAAAUGAUACGCAGUGCAACGGAGAAGAGCAAAUAAACUCACGCGUACAUCAAACUCGUAAUUUUAAAAACUUUCAUUGUCAUCAGCAGCAGUAUUAUAACUAGUUUGACUACCGUACAUGUAUUCGAUUACGAAGACAUCACCAAUACUAGUUCAGGCAGCAUCAGCAGCAACAUCAGGAAUAACAACAACAUCAGCAGCAGCAUUGGCAGUCGUUACAUCGAUCAGCAAUGGCAAAUCCUGAUCAGAUGCAACAGCAACAACAGAAGUAGUAACAGCAACAACAUCAACAACAGCAACAUCAGCAACUUCGUUAUCAUCAGCAGCGGCAACAGCGUGAGCAGCAGCGGCAGCAGCAGGCAGCAGCAGCAGCAGGAGGGCGGGCUGCUGGCGGCCAAGCGAUGCACGUGCUGCUGGAGCUGCUGGUGGUGAGCGCGCGCGUGGCGCUGUCGUUCGCCGUCGCCGCCCUGCGCUGGCUGCGUCCGCGGGCGCCCAAGAGCGUGCGCGACGAGGUGUGCCUGGUGACGGGGGCGGCGCGCGGGCUCGGCCGCCUCUUCGCGCUGGAGCUGGCGACGCGCGGCGUGGACGCGCUCGUGCUCUGGGACGUGGACGGAGAGGGCAACGAGGAGACGGCCGCCCUCGCCCGCGGGGCCGCCGCUGACGCCGGUGUGGCAUGCCCGCGCGUGCUGGCGUACACGUGCGACGUGUCGAAGCGCGUCGACGUGUACCGCGUGGCGGGCCUGGUGCGGCGCGACGCGGGCGACGUCACGCUGCUCGUGAGCAACGCGGGCGUCGUGUCGGGGCGCCCGCUGCUCGACUGUCCCGACGAGCUGCUCGAGAGGACCAUGGCCGUCAACUUGCACGCCCUCUUCUGGAUCACCAAGGCGUUCCUCCCGGCGAUGUUGGAGAAGAAUCACGGCCACAUGGUGACCAUCGCCAGCUCCCUGGGCCUCUUCAGCACGGCCGGCAUUGAGGAUUACUGCGCAAGUAAGUUUGGCGCCGUGGGAUUCCACGAGUCGCUGAGCCACGAGAUCAAGGCGAUGGAACGCGACGGUGUGAAGACCACGCUCGUCUGCCCCUACCUCGUCCAGACCGGAAUGUUCCAUGGGUGCCGGAUACGUAAGGAGGUGGAGACGUACGUGCUGCCCCCGCUGCAGCCAGAGCAGUGCGUGCAGCAGGCGAUGAGAGCCAUCCUCACCGACCAGCCCGUGCUGUGUAUGCCUCGUCUCAUCUACCUCGUCGUCUUCAUGAAGAGUAUCCUUCCAUGGGAGGCUGUCGUGGCCAUGUACCGCUUCCUGGGAGCGGAUAAGUGUAUGUACCCGUUCUUCGAGGAGUGCAAGCGGCGGACCAACAACAACCAGGAGCUUGUGACCAGCCCUGCCGCCACCCACCGGCCCCCCCACCACCUAGGGAUGGGGCCCCCCAAACCUCCUGCUAGGGCUCCCCAAUGCCUAAUCAUAGGACCCACCCACUACCUAUGGAUCAGUCCUGCCAAUAUCCAAAGAUGGGGCUCCUCUAAGCAUGCCGUUGGGCUCCCCGCAACCUGUAGAUGCACCGCACGAUAUCUAAUAGUGCGUGCACUAAGAGCUACGGACAUGGGCCCCUAGAAAUGACUGAUUGAGGGCUUUGCGCUACCUAUGAAUGGGCCCCACAAUACCUAGGGGGCGCCACAGUCGCCUGGUAUCCUGGAGUUCGUGGGUUUGAUCCCAACCCUGACUCCUGCAUAUUUGUAGUUUGCACUGCUCUCUCCCCGUGGUCACGUGGAUUUUUUUUCUCCGGGCCCUCCGGUUUUUCUCUCCACAUUUAGAAUCGACAUGCAUCUCGAGUAUUUGGCUGCUAUACAUUUCCACACAAGCCACUUCGUUGAGAUAUAAUUUGUGAAAUUUCGAUUUAAAGCUUUCGUGACUGCAGGGAUUCAUCUUCUUGGUUCUUUCGGUAAAGUCACGUAGAAUGUAAAUAAUAAAAUAAUAAAAAUAAAACAUGAAAUAAUU